AUGACUACGCCUAUUUAUCUCGGAAUCGUGGGUGUUGGCGGUGUUGGUAAUGCUUUCCUAGAGCAGCUCGGACGACUAUCAAGUCCUCCGAAGCUCGUUUUGCUCGCCCGCUCGUCCCAAACGCUCUCCUCCUCAGUGCCAGCAUACUCGCCAUGCAUACCAUUCACUAAUUGGGAGGAUUCUGCCAAGUCAACAUCUUUAGUCAAAUCGGGUGCUUUGCCGCCGGCUGAGAUUGCAGCCUUUCUUGCCUCUGCUCCAGGAAGAGCUGUUCUAGUGGACAACACAUCCGACCUUGCUCUAGCCCAAGCAUACCCGAUCUUCCUGGAACGAGGUGUGUCAGUGGUGACGCCAAACAAAAAGGGCUUCUCGGAAGAUAUUGCCUUAUUCAAUGACAUAUUUUCUUCCGCUGUAAAGGGGAAUGCCCUCGUCUAUCACCAGUGCACGGUGGGUGGGACUCUACCGGUCCUAUCCACGCUCAGGGAUCUUAUCGCAACGGGCGACGAGAUUAUCCGGAUCGAAGGAGUCCUUUCUGGAACGCUUUCGCUUCUGCUAGGUGAAUUCAUGCCCGGAAACGGUACAUCAAACGCGCGAUGGAGUUCCCUCGUUUCUCACGCCAAGGAGAUUGGACACACGGAACCAGAUCCUCGGGAUGAUCUCAACGGCCUUGAUUUUGCCCGGAAGCUCACGAUCAUAGCCCGAGUUAUCGGCAUCGAAGUCGGCAGUCCUGGUUCAUUUCCCGUGGAGUCUCUUAUCCCUAUCGAGUUAAGUUCGCUUCCUUCAUCGGCAGAGGGCAUCGCAGAGUUUAUGAGCGAGCUGCCGAAAUAUGAUGCCAAGAUGGAUGCAGCAAAGAAUGCGGCGCAGGAGCAGGGCAAGGUUCUGCGCUAUGUUGGGAGUAUUGAUGUGCGUACUCUGGCCAUCGAGGUUGGUCUUCGGCCUAUUGAGAAGGGUAAUCCGAUCGCCAAUCUUCAAGGCAGUCAGAUUGUCAGCAUCUAUACCAAGAGAUAUGGGGCUAAUCCAUUGAUAUUACAAGGUGGUGGCGGUGGAGGUGAAAUCACUGCCAUGGGUCUAAUGGCCGAUUUGCUAAAAGUUAUGGAGCGACUAAAGUGA